AUGGGUCGGUGGUCUCCUCGACAAAUAGCCCGUGCGGCGGCAUUUAUGCCAGCCAGCAGUCUCGCUUUAACAAUCUCAGUCUCGGCUGCCACGGCUGUCGGUGCUUGGGUGGUGACAGUAACCUCGACCUAUGCCAGCACUGUCACCCACACCGGCAGCAGCCUGGUCCCUGUCGUGACCACGGCCACCACCUGCACCGUCCAGUCGACCCCUUCCUACAAUGGCUGCUCGGAAGUAGCAUGGGUACAGGGUACAGCGACCUGGCGCGAAUACUGCUCGGGGGUGUCCGUGACUGGCGGCGUCCAACAUACUCUCGUUCCGGCCUACAUGCCAAUUUUUGAUGCCUACCAGUGCUAUUUCUACUGCACCAUCUACUCUACCCAACGCAGCGGUUUCAACUACUAUACUGUAGCUCACUCCUGUGAAUUCCUGCCCGGAGACCUACGAACCGUGUCCGCGCCCGCCAGCGUGCAGGCCGCAACGAUGUUAUCGGUGGCAAAACCGGUAGCAGCGACAGCACUGGCAGCAACCGCAACAACUCCGGCAAUAGCAGCAGCAGCAGCGCAGAACCCUCUACCCAGUCAUCAGGCACUGGCACCUCCCCCGAAGGUGUAUCUGCUGUAUCUGGUUCAACCGGCGCGGGCAACGCUGCUAACAGCACAGCCUCUGCCAUGA